GACAUCAAACUGGAUAAUGUGUUGUUUGAUUCAACGGGGAAACUGAAGCUGGCGGAUUUCGGAUCCGCUGAGUGUUUCGGGAUGAAUGAGAGCGGUAUGAUGACCGGAGUGGUUGAGACGCCGCAUUAUGUCGCACCGGAGGUUUUGUUGGGGAGGGAGUACAACGAGAAGGUUGAUGUCUGGAGUGCUGGUGUGAUUUUAUACAUAUUGUUGGCCGGAUGUCCUCCGUUCUACGGGGAAACGCCGGUCGAGACGUUUCAGGCAGUUUUGCGAGGGAACCUAAGGUUUCCUCCGACAAUUUUCAUGUCCGUUUCACCAGAAGCGAAGGAUCUGUUGCCGAAAAUGUUAUGCAAGGAUUCUUCGAGGCCAUUAUCAGCCGAACAAGUCCCAAAUUCCAGGGGAACAAUUUGAAUUUUUUCUUUAGCUUGUGGAGUUGUAAGAUGGCUGCUGCCUGGCUGAAUCAUUUGUCUCUGCAGUUUCUAAUCGAACAAUGUGCUUGUGGUGCAUUAUAAGUAUUCACAAACAAUUUUUUUUGGCCGAGUUAAGUAAUGGUGAUGUUUUCUGUCGUCUAUCUUUGUAUUCUCCAUGCUUAAUAAAGUGAUGACGUGGCUUUAUGCGAUUGGUGGAAAAGGAAAGGAACAUGACCUUACUUUCAAGAGGAAUUUACCAGCUCSGUUUGAUCUGAUUUUGUCUUUGUUACAAACAAACAUUAUAAUUCAUGCAUAAUCUAUUUAGACUACGUUAUGGAGUA